AUGACAACCGUUUCACCAAUGAAUAAUGAAACAAAUGAUUAUGAAGAAUUUUUAAAACAAUUCAAAUUACUGAAUACUAUAUCAGCUGAAUUUCGUAAUGUAUGUACAAUACUUGGUACAGAAUUAGAUUGUUCAUUAGUAAGAAAAAAUCUUAUUAAUUUACAAAGAUAUAUGAUGUAUGAAUUACAAAAUACUCAAUAUCAAUUAAUUAAAUGUUGGCGUAAUGCUAAUGUUGGUCUAUCAACCAAUAUAACAAGUGAACAAUCUGAUCAAUUAUUUUCUGUAUUUACAACUUAUAUUGAAUAUCAUAUGAGAGCAUUAUUAAAAACACUUCAUUUAAUAACAUUGUUUCCUUCAAUAAAUUUACAAUUUAAUUCUAAUACUACUAAUAUAAAUAAAAAUGAUGAUCAGGUAGAAGAUAAAAAAUCUGAGAACCAUGAAUUUAUCAAUCAUGAAGUUGUAAUACAAAAUGAUUCAUCAUGGAUAUUAGCAUCUAAUAAAUUAUUACAAACUAAUAUUAGUUCAUUAAUUAAUACUGGAUAUACUAAAUCAUUAGAAUUAGGAAUAGAUCAAAAUGAUAUUUCAUUGUUAUUAGCUGAUAAAACUAAUAUAGACAAUAAUAAUGUUGAUGAUAAUGAUGAUAAUGAUCAAAAGAUCACAGGGAAUUCAACUCUCUCUGAAAUUGAUAUACUGAAAAAUGAAUAUUGUACUUUACAAACUGCAUUACAUGAUAUUUCGUCAUUAGUUUGUGUUACACCAUGGAAUGUAUUGGCAUUUCCUGUUGAUAUAGAACAACGUUUAUCUUUACAAGAAUCAACAUCAACUAUACAUCCACGUAAAAGUCAAUUAAGUAAUCGUUUACAAACUUUUAAUAAAAAAAGUACAUUAAGUAGUAUAAAUUCAUUAAAUCUAAGUACAUCAUUUGGACAAAAUAAAAUACAUAUUUUACCUACUAUAAAUGAAUUACCAAUUCAUUAUAAAUUAUGUGAUAUAUUAAAGAAUUAUAUAAAAAGAAAACGAGUUUUUGCAUUUCUAUUCAUUGGUACUUUUAUAAUUACAGUUUUAAUUAUUCUGAUAAUAUUAUUCAUUGUCAUAUUUCCUAAUAUAAAUAAAUAA